CUAAUUCAAGAUACCACAGUAACUAUUUCAUGAAAUAGCACCUAUUCUGAAUUAGUAUGUGUUGAUGUUUGUUUACAAUACAAAUUGACCGUAUUCUUGAGCCGUAAAUCAUCUAAGCAAAAACAAAGGUCAAGACGAAAUGAGUGUAGAAGAACUCGUAAUUCACCAAAAUACGGGCCAGCAAUGUCGAUUGUGUCUCCAUUGGAUAGACGCGGCCCUCUGCGCUGAACGAAUGGUUGAUAUUUUCACUUUUAAUGAAGGCUUGAAUGCCUCCCUCGCAGAUAAAAUUCGCGAUUGCUUAGGAUUAUACAUAGAUCCUGCUGAUACUGUUAGCAACAUUUGUUCGAACUGCGUGCACACGAUUAGUUUUAUAGACGACUUCCGGAUCCUUUGUCACCAGACUCAAGAGAUCUACGAUUCGACACAGUUCCGUUUCAACAAUGUGAUACAAUGGCAAUGUUAUAAUAAUCAUGUUAGCGAACUACGGGCGCUACUGCAUGGACAACGGGAAUGGCUUGAUAACAAUUUGAAUGACGCCAGGAUUGUGGAUUCAGCUAUUAUUUGCAACGAACUCGAAGAUAUAGCUUCUCCUGAGUUUAUUAAAGUUAAAGAGGAACAAGAUGAGAAUGAGCCGGAGUGCGAUCAGUCUUUGCUAGGAAUAAAAUCAGGAGUAAACACGAGCGAACCGGUUUCAGAGUCCAUCGAAGAUUCGAACAAUAUCAAAUCUCCCAUUAUUGAAGAUCGAUUUACAAAAUUCCAAUUAAAACUCAAAAUGGCACAUGAACUGCAAGCGCAAAAACGUGAUAAACCUGAUUUAAGAGCUGUUGCCAAAAAAAUGAAUUUGGAAUUUCACAAGAUAAAACAAUUGUGGAAAGAAAUGGUAGUUUUUUACAGAAUAUCAAAAAAACGCGCUCAUGCAGGACAUGAGGCUUAUAUUUCCCGCUGCCGCAGAUGUCCAUUGUUUACCACAUUGAACGUUAUCAUACCAAAAUACGAACACCAGAAACCGUAUGAAGAGAGUAAGAUUAACACCGCGAAAAAUAACGAUAAGACAAAUGCUCUAGUCAGAAGAAAAGCAUCUAUCGAUCUAGACUUGAUCAUCGCGGAGGAAAUAAAGGCGCACCCAGAAUUGUGGGAUUUAUCUCUUAAUUGCACUGCACACGGCAUGAAAAUUGUUUGGAAAACAGUUACACGAAAGUUGUCGAUGAAUAUGCGCACCUUGCGAAAUCAUUGGCGUCGUUUGCGGGAUGCCUAUCGUGCUCAUAAACUACGCGAGCUGAAAGGCACCCUGAAACAGGAACCAGCGAAUGAAAAGUAUGAGUAUCUGAUUUCGAUUCUACAGCAAAUAGUGGGACCCACUAUGUCCUUCGAGGUUCCGGUUUCGGCUUCUGCCGAACAGAACGAACAGACGGAUAUGUCAGUGAGUGAUGAUGAGGAUGUUAUUAUGGAAGAGUAUGAUGACGGCUACUUCUACAACGAGGAGCAGCAACUAGCGCUGGUGCAAGAGGUUCAAAAGUAUCCCAUUAUUUGGUGCUACAAACAUCCAGAUUUUCUCGACGCUGAGAAGCGUGAUCUUACAUUCGAUAAAAUUGCUGAAAACUUGUCAAUCGAUCGGGAAACCGUGAAGCAAGAGUGGGCACGGUUGAAGAAUACGUUUCAUAAUCGAUAUUUACGUCUGUUGAAGGGACAACUCCAGAGUGACGAUGCUCUGAUUGUUGAACCGCUUUAUCAAGUGCUCAAUGAGAUGCUGGGAGAAAGCAUUGGGAUUCGGAAAAAUGAAGAGGAAGACCCAGACAGGAAGUUCGACAAUGAAACUAAACUGGAGUUUGCUAAAAUUUGCUACGAUAACGAUAUCCUCUGGAAUAUGAAACAUCCAGACUAUAAUGCCCAAGAUAAGCGUAAUGCAGUCUGGAUCCUAAUUGCCGCACAGUUUGGUGUGACCCAAGAGAAAAUUAAGAAUGAAUGGUGUUGCUUGCGUAAUAUGUACCGAAAUCGAUACUUGCGCGCUCAGAGCAGUUCGAGUAGAAAAAGGAAAAGCGGAUCAUCGAAGACGCCUUUGCAUCAUCUUAUGAAGAGUAUGUUUGAGGAACAAAUGCUCAGUCUAUAUGCUCAAGAAGAGCAUGUACGAGCUCCAAGUGGGCAUAAAAAAGGUACUAAAUCAACGAAACUGGAUAACGUUGAAAAGAAACCAUUCGGUACACCAGAAGAUAGGAUGAAGCUGUUGGAGGAAAUAUCCACGCAUGAUAUCCUAUGGAACGUAAACAAUCCUCAAUACAAGAAAAAGGCACUACACGUGCCAGUGUUUGAAGAAAUUGCAGCAAAAUUCCACCAAACUCCUUCAAUUAUAAAAGAAGAGUGGCAGAAGCUCAGACGAGUGUAUCGACAUCGAAAGCGUCAGGCUGCUCUUGAUCGUGAGGACUCGAAUACAGACGAUAUGGACCCGUUACAUGCCUUGCUAGAGAAACUUCUCUCUCCUAAGCCCAUUGAAACUGUCGAUUAUGCUUCACAGAGUGAAGAAGAGGCAUAUCCCAAGCGGCGAUACGUUGGAAAGCGAAGUUUCAGCGAUGACGGAUGUAUAAAGCUCGAGGUUAAUGGUAUUGUGCGAUAUGCAAAAGUGUGCGAGCUUUGUGGCAAACAGGUUGAGAGGUCUCGUUUCGAGUAUCACAUGAAUGCGCACUAUGGUCACACGCCGUACGCGUGCUCCUUCGAAGGGUGCGAUAAAAAGUAUAGUGACAAAAGCAUUCGCGAUAAACAUGAAGUAGCAAUUCACGGCGAGGAUGGUUACAUAUUUCAGUGCGAUCAGUGUGAUAGAAAGUUCAAGCAGAAGGCCAAAUACGAGUGUCACUACGCUGUCAAGCAUAAGAGCCAGGAACUUCCGUGCGGUAUUUGUGGCAAACUGUUGCCGCAUAAACAUAUCCUUAAAAAACAUAUGCGUAUUCACGCGCAGAGCUAUGAGUGUCACGUUUGUGGUAAAGUGCUGCAGAAAAAGUACACACUGAAAAUCCACAUGCGUGUUCACACCAAAGAAAAACCAUACCAAUGCGAGCUUUGCGAACAACGGUUCAUGCUGAAGGUUCAGCUGAAGACUCACCUGCUCAAAGUACACGGGGUCGUAUUAGAAGAGUUACAAGCAGCAACAAUGGCAAAUAAAAGCUAGCCGUUGCAAUUCGAAUGGAGUUUCUUAAUUAUGAGAAAAAAAAUUGGAUUUUUAAAAACAAUAUUGCUUCGCUGCGAUCAGAAAGUUCCUGGAUUUACCACCGUUCAAUCACAGACCGAUUCCAGGAACUCUUCAAUCACUACGCAUGACUCUCAGCACAUGAAAAAUGCUGUCGAUUUAAUCAAAAUGGUAUUGUAUUUUCAAGAUUAUGCAUUAAACUGAAAUAUAGCUGAAUGAAGUAAAAUAGGACCAGUUAAAAAACCUUUCCGUUGCUUCUUCUCA